GGCAGCAGCAAAGCACCAGAAGACGACAGCAUCGCAACCCACGAUACGCGCUGCCAUUGCGCCCGCCGAAGCUGCGACGACAUUGAAUAGGAUAGGAUUUGUAUUAGCGGGGCAGUCACAGAAACACACACACCCACCGCCAAGAUGUCGCCAGGAAUGUCGCUGUAUAGCGUCAACGCUAUCUUAAUCCUUUCCAGCGAGGACGGAUCACGGAUAUUCGCAAAGUACUACACCCCGCCGCACCAGGCCGCGGCCAACACGUCGGGAGCCGAGAAUUGGCGUGCUAACACCGGGCCAGCCCCCGCACCCUCUUCCCAGAACCCCUAUCCCGACAAGACGUCCCAGACCCGGUUCGAGAAGGCGCUCCUGCAGAAGACGGCCAAGCAGACGGGCGACAUCCUGCUGUUCGACAACCGGAUCGUGCUGUACAAGAUGGAGUCGGACGUGGCCAUCUACGUGGUCGGCAGCCCCGACGAGAACGAGAUCCUGCUGUACAACGUGCUGCUGGCCCUGCGCGACAGCAUGCACCUGCUCUUCAAGCAGUCGGUCGACAAGCGCACCAUCAUCGAGAACUACGACCUGGUCUCGCUCGCCGUCGACGAGAUCUGCGACGACGGCGUCGUGCUCGAGACGGACCCGACCAUCAUUGUCCAGCGCUGCAGCAAGGCGCCGUCCCAGGACGUCAACCUCAGCCGCAUCGACCCCUUCAGCGAGCAGGGCGUCAACAACCUGGCGCAACUAGGCAAGGCGAAGCUGACGGACUGGUUGAGGCAGGGGUUGUAA